AUGACUAAACAUUGUAACUCGGAGCUUUUCGACGUGCGAGACACUAUAAUAGCACCGUCGUUGGCACCUCCUGAUUGUCUUGUUCCGUUUCCCACUCGCACGAGCGUCGGCACGACUGGUCGUAAUUGCGAAGACGGGGUUCUCACCUGUGUCGAUCAUCAGGGCUUCCCGCCUCUCCGUCGCUUAGACCGCGAUACACCAGAUAUCGCUAGAUGGUCUCUAAGUGAUGUAUUGGUUGCCCACCCUUGGGCCAUGGAAUCUAGUAAUCCUAGCUUUGAUACUGAUCCUCCUCUCUCUUUUGAUAGUGGGCUCACCUUGGACACUCAGCCGUCAAUGUGCCAGCCGUAUCAUAAUGCAGAGGCCAACAAUUGGACAGUUCCAACAAUCCCACACACAUCACCUCCGGCUGUAUUCUCUUGGCCAUUUAUACCUAUGCCCUUUGGAUGUUAUUAUAUCUACCAGUCCUCGGCGGCUUACGGCGUCGUUUUCACAUCCUGCCCAAUCAUCAAUACCCCCUCUCAAACAGACAGCUUCUCUCAUAGGGAAUGGCCACAAAACGUCACUGGAAUCUACCCUUCAACGGAUUAUGGAUUAUCCGAUCAGCAACGCGAUUCUUUACCUCAGCAAGUCAAUCAAAGUCCGCUCCAACAAGCAUCAGACCAAUAUCACGAGACCAUCACUCCGCAAUACAUUGCAGAGCAUUCUAAGGCCAACGUUGCAGAGGUCUCUACUACCGAAACACAAGCGUUGGAUCGUCUGUCCCCUAAAGAUAGAUUCCUUCUAGAUUGUAGACUGGGAGGCAUGGAAUGGAAACCGAUCACCGCCGAAUACAUCAAAAGGUGGGAACGAACAACUGCUAGUGCAUUGAGGGCCAAAUUCUGCAGACUUACAAGAAGACAUCCGAACAUCAGCCGGAUUACGAAGUCCACAAGCAGAAAGCCUUCCAGGCGAUCUUGA